AUGUCAGAUAUCAACCUGGACGAAAUUCGAGACACCUUGGUUGAGAUUGCCCGUACAGCAGGCAAAAUCAUUCUUGAGCGAAGCGGCCGAGUGACAUUCGACGACAAGAAGAAUGCAGUCGAUCUGGUGACAGAGGUAGACAAGGCCGUUGAAGUUCUUGUUUCCGACACUCUGCGGUCCAAGUAUCCCCAGUUCGAGUUCAUGGGAGAAGAGUCGUACGUUCCUGGUGAAACUCAAUUGACGGACGCCCCUACUUUCAUCGUCGACCCAAUUGAUGGUACAACUAACUUCAUUCACUUUUUCCCGCAGGCCUGUAUUUCCCUGGGCUUUGCUGUCGAACGUAAACCUGUGGUGGGGGUCGUUUUCAACCCUUUCUUGAACCAAAUGUUCACCGGAGUGGCCGGAAAAGGAUCGUUCUUGAACGACGAGAAACUGCCCUUGCGUAAAGCUAGUAAACUAUCACUGCAGGGUUCUUUGUGCGCUAUCGAAUGGGGAACGGAUCGCGAUAACGACAAUUACGAGAUCAAGGUCCGUGCAUUCGAGUCACUAGCUCGAGGACUUUCCCAGGGUGGUGGAUUUGUUCACGGCUUCCGCAGUCUCGGAUCGGCGGCCCUCAAUAUGAGCAACGUCGCUGCCGGCACCUUGGACUCCUACUGGGAAGGUGGCUGCUAUGCGUGGGAUGUCUGCGCAGGCUGGGUCAUUUUGUCCGAGGCUGGUGGAAAAGUUGUUGGCGGAAACCCUGGACAGUGGGAAACUCCAAUCGAUGGCCGAGUUUAUCUGGCCGUUAGAGGAGCCGAUGCACGGGAGCAGAAAAAGUACAUUGAAGACUACUGGAGUCAUAUUAAGGGCAAAUUGGUCUAUAAACACUAG